AUGAGCAUUAGCGAACAUACAGGAAAUGAGGUCAGCAUAGCAGAACGAAAAAAGAAGGAAGAAGGUAGCGGCGGAGUUAUAAAUGACAAAAAUGUGUCCCCCACAGAUGAUGGUGAGAGUAUGCCCCAUCCAAUGGAGAAAAUGAAAGGUGCGGCGAAUGAUGAGAAAUCUGUAGAGGUGGAAAAUUGCGCUCCGGUUGGGGAAAACGAGUUAAGAAGUAGUGUUUUGUGUGUCGGAUGCAGUGGCGAGGCAUCCCACAUUGAAGAAGGAAGUGCCAAAUUUGUAGGCGAGGAAAAUCCCCGAACAGAGGUGGACAGUGAUAAAAAGGCGCAGCCUGAAGGAAUUCUCAAUGAGGUAAAAAAUGUUAAAAAUGAAAUCGAUGUGGAGAAAAAGCACAAAACCCAAAUUAGUAACAACGACACGUAUGUAGAGAACGCCCCAAAUGAUAACACAUGUGGAGAGGGGUGUAGCAACCCGCACAUGAAUCAUGAUAAUAAGGCUUGUGAUAAUGGUGAUGAUAAUGAUAAGAUUCCAAAUACUGGAGGGACGAGCAACGGUGGGGUCAUUCCAAAUAUCAGUGGCGUGUUAAAUGUAGAGGAUGAUUGUCCACUGGAUGAAGGAAAUUUUUCAGCGGAUGACAGACCCGAAGAAAACGCAGACAGUACAAGCAGCUUCAUGUUAGAAGAAGACAUAAAUUUAUCCCGCAGAGCAUAUCGAAAUUUUCACAUAUGUUCAAUAUUUAUUCAUGGGACUUUGUUAUUAAUGGUAACAUUACUGAUGGGUAUUUUAUGUCAUGAUUUUAUCAAGCUAUCUCCUAUUUCACAGAAGGAGAAAACAAUGACAUACUUUUGUGGGUUGCUCCUGAGCAUGCUUGCUUUACAUCUUUGCCUAAAUUUAUAUAUGUCUUUAGUGUUAUUGAGACAAUCCGAAGUUUCCAAAAUGUUAAAAUCUGUGGAGGCCAAAAUUCAUGUUAUUGUUUUGGUGUAUUUCUCCAUGUGUGCAUAUAUCUAUUUUUUUGAAGAUAAAUAUUACCCCAUAAGCUCCACCUUUUCCUUCGCCAUCAUAUUAGCUAUAAUAUAUUAUUUUAUGCCGAUAUUUUUAUAUAUAAUUUUGAGGCUUCUCUUUAUAGUUGUCAUUUUGGUUUUAGUUUUUGUUAAGAGGAAAAGUCCCACGCCCAAGAAGAUUUUGAAAAAGUUGAAAAUUAUGAAAUAUGUCGAGUAUAGGAAGUAUUGUGAAGAGGAAGCAUGCUUUGGUAGUGCCUAUUUUACCAACUGGAAGGAGCUGAACGGGGAGGGCGUGUCGGCUCCACGGGAGGCCACGACAACCACCGCGAUGGAGGGAGGUCAUAUCAUAGCUACAUCUGGUGGAGAUAAUAAAGGAGAAGAAGUUUCUUCAGGUGAUUCCACGUCAAACAGAAAUGCAGAGGGGAAGACCAUCUCGACGGCAACGUCUUGCAUUCGUGACAUCAGUGCAAAUGGAAGUGGGCAUCCGAAGGGGGGCGAUCCCCCUAGCAGUAGCCCGAAUGACCGACCAACCCGCAGUGGCAACAGCAGCACGAGGAGUAACCUCGAGAGGCACCUUUUUUAUGAUCGUGCGGGGGUAGCUAUUGGUAGAGGAGGAGGGUCCGACAAUCGGGGGGGUACUCGACCUAACGAUAGGGGGAGAGACGACCCGGCAAAUGGUAAUCAUCAAAAUGGUAGCGAUAACGCCAAUAAGCAUCCUCCCGCAAGUUACGAUAACAACUGUGAUGCUCCAAAUACAAGUGGUGAAGAAAAUGGCGAAAGAAAUGGUGGGCCAAAUAAAGACGGCAAAUCAGCAGCAGUAUUUGAAUACUUUCAGAAAGUUUUGAAGAAAAAAAAUAAUUCCGUACAAAAUGACAAUGUUAAAGUAGUACAUGAAAAUAACAUGGAGGAACAUUCCUUUCAUAUAAAUAUCGAGUGCUCCGAUUACGUUUGUUCUAUAUGUUGCGUCGAGUACCUGAAUGAAGAUGAUAUUUGUAUUUUGCCAUGUAACUACCUGCAUUACUAUCACAAGGAAUGUAUUUUUAAGUGGUUGAAGAGGAACAACGACUGCCCCCUCUGCAGAAAGCCCAUUGGGAAAAUCUGA